AAAUCUAAUGAUUUAAUAAGUGACUCCGAACUAGUUAACGUCAAGAGUCAAGAAGAUACAUAAACCUGAGUUGAGUUGAAUUUUGUCACGUGUCACGACAGAUAAAAGGACACUACACUAGACCGUCAUCAAACCUAGAGGUGCAGACGUACAACGUCUCGACCGCUUUAGCUCAAAUUGAAAAGUCGGUAGUCACCGACUGCGAAUAUUGCUGAGCAUGUCGGACUUUACUAAUGGAAACAGUAAAGGACUUAUCAUGGAUCAUUCAGAUACUGUGUGGGAUGAACUUAUUUUCUUCGUUAAUGGAAAAAAGAUCUCUGAGAAACAUGCUGAUCCAGAGAUGACUCUUCUGACGUACCUCCGGAGAAAAUUGGGCCUGACGGGCACCAAACUGGGCUGCUCAGAGGGAGGCUGUGGGGCCUGCACCGUCAUGGUCUCCAGGUAUCACCCACACCUGGGACGAGUGGUUCAUCAUUCAGUCAACGCUUGCCUGGCCCCCCUGUGCUCCCUCCAUCACUGUGCUGUCACCACCGUGGAGGGCAUCGGUAGUGUGGCUGGCAAACUGCACCCUGUUCAGGAGAGGAUUGCCAAGGCCCACGGUUCUCAGUGUGGGUUCUGCACCCCAGGGAUCGUCAUGUCUAUGUAUGCUCUGCUUCGCAACAAGCCCACGCCACGCAUGACUGACAUCGAGGAGGCGUUCCAAGGAAAUUUGUGUCGCUGUACUGGCUACAGACCUAUUCUAGAAGGCUACAAGUCUUUUACUAAAGAGGGUGGUUGCUGUGGAGGGAAGAGUAAAGAAAAUGGCUGCUGCAUGACUAAUGGAAGCGGAACCAACGGAGCCUUGACCAACGGGCACACAGAGGACCACGUCAACGAUAACUCCACCCUCUCUACUUCCUUGUUUGACCCUGCUGACUUCAUGCCUGUGGACCCAACACAAGAGAUUAUCUUUCCUCCAGAGCUGAUGUCCCUAGGGAAGCUCCAGGUGUCAGGCAGACAGCUGCGGUUCAGAGGAGAGAGGGUUCUCUGGGUCCAGCCUGCCUCCUUGCAGGGACUUCUGGACCUCAAGGCCCAGUAUCCCAACGCCAAGCUGGUGGUCGGAAACACAGAAGUCGGUAUUGAGAUGAAGUUUAAGAACCUGUUGUAUCCUGUGAUCCUGGCUCCCGCCUACAUCGCCGAACUCAACAGUGUCCAGCACACUAAGGAGGGCAUUGUGUUUGGAGCCUGCUGCUCCCUGACCCAGCUGGGGGAGGUGUUGAGGGAGGAGGUGGGCCAGCGCCCCCCCCACCAGACGGAGAUCUUCCAGGCUGUCCUGGAGCAGCUACGAUGGUUCGCUGGUCUGCAGAUACGCAACGUAGCAGCCAUAGGGGGUAACAUAGUGACCGCCAGUCCAAUAUCUGAUCUCAACCCUGUCUUCAUGGCUGCCAGCUGCAAGCUCACUCUCAUGUCCAGAGGUGGGAAGCGAGAGGUGAGGAUGGAUGACACCUUCUUCCCAGGGUACAGGAAAACAGCCUUAAGUCCGGAGGAGAUCCUGCUGUCUGUAGAGAUCCCAUACACCAGGAAGGGUCAGUACUUCUCUGCCUUUAAGCAGUCGCCUCGUCGUGAGGAUGACAUCAGCAUUGUGACAUCAGGAAUGAGUGUGACCUUCGUUGACGGGACAACUGUUGUCAAGGACCUGCAGCUUAGUUACGGAGGCAUGGCUGCCACCACUGUACUGGCCAAGAACACCACCAGCAAGCUGGUUGGCAGGCAGUGGGGGGAGGAGCUUCUGCAGGACGCUUGCUCCUCAUUGGCUGAGGAGAUGACCCUUCACCCCUCUGCUCCAGGCGGCAUGGUGACCUACAGACGGACACUGACCCUCAGUCUCUUCUACAAGUUCUACCUCACCGUCCACCAGAAGCUGGCUGCAGACGGUAUGGGGAAGGGGGUGAGGCCUGACUUUGCCAGUGCUACAGAGAUCUAUCACCAUGCGACCCCUACCAGUGUCCAGGUCUACCAGGAGGUGCCGUCCGGCCAGAAGGAGGACGACGUGGUCGGCCGUCCCAUGAUGCACCUGUCGGCCCUGAAGCAGACGACAGGAGAGGCGGUGUACUGUGACGACAUCCCUCUGUACGAGAACGAGCUGUACCUCGCCCUGGUCACCAGCACCAAGGCCCACGCACGCAUCCUGGCGGUAGAUGUGAGCGAGGCGGAGGGGAUGCCUGGCGUGGUGUCCUGUGUGUUGGCCAAGGACGUUCCUGGAAGCAACCAGACCGGGCCGGCAGUGUGCGAUGAGACGGUGUUGGCCGAGGACACGGUGACGUGUGUGGGUCACAUCAUAGGAGCGGUGGUAGCAGACACACAGGUCCACGCCCAGAGAGCUGCCAAGGCCGUCAAGGUCACCUACGAGGACCUGCAGCCUGUCAUUGUCACCAUCCAGGAUGCCAUAGCCAACAAGUCAUUCUACGAGCCAGUGAGGACCAUCCAGAGAGGAGACCCUGACCAGGCCUUCAUACAGGCAGACCAUGUCCUUGAAGGUGAGAUGCACAUGGGAGGCCAGGAGCAUUUUUACCUGGAGACCAACUGCACUGUAGCAGUGCCCAAGGGCGAGGACGGAGAGAUGGAGCUGUUUGUGUCCACACAGGCUGCCACCAAGACACAGUCUCUGGUUGCCAAGGCGUUGGGCGUGCCUAGCAGUCGGGUGGUGGUCAGGGUGAAGAGGAUGGGAGGAGGCUUCGGAGGGAAGGAGAGUCGGAGCACCCUCCUGUCCACCGUGGUUGCCGUGGCAGCACAGAAGUUGAAGAGACCAGUGAGGUGUAUGUUGGACAGGGAUGAGGACAUGCUUGUGACAGGGGGUCGCCACCCUUUCUACGGCCGCUACAAGGUGGGCUACAUGAAGACAGGUAAAGUUGUGGCCUUGGACGUCACAUACUAUAACAAUGUUGGAAACUCCAGGGACCUCUCUCUCUCCAUCAUAGAGAGAGCGCUGUUCCACAUGGAGAACUCGUACCACAUCGCUAACGUGCGUGGAACAGGCUACAUGUGUAAGACCCACCUGCCGUCCAACACGGCCUUCAGAGGCUUCGGAGGGCCCCAGGGCAUGAUGAUCACCGAGAGCUGGAUGGAGGACGUGGCUAUGAGCCUGGGCCUGUCUUCUGAACAGGUGCGCCGUCUCAACCUGUACACCCAGGGCGACAGCACGCCCUACAACCAGGUCCUAGAGCACCCUACCCUGGAGAGCUGCUGGGAGGAGUGUCUCCAGCGGGCCCAGUACGGCCAGCGCCGAGCCGCCAUCCAGGACUACAACUCCCAGCACCGCUGGACCAAGAGGGGCCUGGCUAUCAUCCCCACCAAGUUUGGGAUCAGCUUCACUGCUCUGUUCCUCAACCAGGCAGGAGCAUUGAUUCAUGUCUACACAGAUGGCUCUGUUCUGCUCACACAUGGAGGCACAGAGAUGGGCCAGGGACUACACACCAAGAUGGUGCAGGUUGCCAGCCGUGCCCUGGGGAUCCCCAGCUCUAAGAUCCACAUCAGUGAGACCAGCACCAGCACCGUCCCCAACACCAGCCCCACCGCUGCCUCCGCCUCCUCCGACCUCAACGGAGCCGCUGUGCACAAUGCAUGUGACAUUCUCAACAAGCGUCUGGAACCUUAUAAGACUAAAAACCCCACGGGAUGCUGGGAAGACUGGGUGAGAGCUGCCUACUUUGACAGGGUCAGUUUGAGUGCCAAUGGAUUUUACAAGACCCCAGACCUGGGCUAUGACUUUGCCACCAACUCUGGGCGCGCCUUCAACUACUUCUGUUACGGUGUGUCCUGCUCCGAGGUGGAGAUAGACUGUCUGACGGGAAGCCACAAGAACCUUCACACGACCAUCGUCAUGGACGUAGGCACAAGUCUGAACCCAGCUCUAGACAUUGGCCAGGUGGAGGGGGGCUUCAUGCAGGGUGUGGGUCUGUACACCCUGGAGGAGCUGCGCUACUCCCCCCAGGGCUACCUGUUCACGCGGGGUCCAGGCAUGUACAAGAUCCCCGCCUUCGGAGACAUCCCCACCGACCUGAACGUCUCUCUGCUCCGAGACGCACCCAACAACAAGGCCAUCUUCUCCUCCAAGGCAGUGGGAGAGCCCCCCCUCUUCCUGGCAGCAUCUGUCUUCUACGCCAUCAAAGACGCCAUCAGUGCCGCAAGGGCGGAGUCAGGACUCAGCGGGCCCUUCCGAUUGGACAGCCCUGCCACGCCUGACAGGAUCCGUAUCGUCUGUGAGGACCGCUUCACCAAGCUGUGCCCUCCUGCCCAACCUGGAACCUUCAUCCCCUGGGCUGUCCAGGUGUGAGAUGGACAGAUCAACACCUGAGAGAGAGAGAGAGAGAGAGAGAGAGAGAGAGAGAGAGAGAGAGAGAGAGAGAAGAGAGAGAGAAGAGAGA